AUGAGCACAGUGCCAGUCACUCCCGGUGAGGAGAACCAUGAGGGGAGCAUUCUGCCUCCUUUUAUCCGAGUUGUAGACCCUUCAAUACGCGCCGCGCAUGAGCGGAGCAUGCCUACGCGCGAGGAGCGCAAGGAGAACCUCAACAAUAUUCUAGUUCCCUGCGACGCGGAUUGCGGGAAAGUUUUACCGCGCAACGAGCUCAAGUUGUGUUCCAGGUGCAAGCAGGCCAGAUAUUGCUCCCAGGUUUGUCAAAAAGUCGACUGGCGCGCCAGACACAAGGCCGAAUGCGGCGAAGGCCCACCGAAAGACCUCACGCUCAAGCUCGCCGAACGCGCCCUCGCCGUUCCCAAGAUCGUCGAAUACCUCUGGAUGAUGUCUAUCCUGACGCUCGAGCUCAUCACCGACACCUCCAACGCAGCGCGCUUCGUCGUCAACAUCCAAUGCGACACCAAAGCUGCGGACCUCGCAUCUUACGUUGAGCGCAUGAUGAGCGGCGCACGAGAGAGCGCGGAGAAGGCCCAGGUCGUGCUGCAUGUCUCCAAGUCCGUGCGCGUGCCCCUCGCAGGCGCCCCUGCGCGCACGCAGAAAGCGGCUGCGGACGCUCGCGAGAAGUACACGAAGGACCACCGCGACGCCGAUGGGCGGUACAGCCGGGACAACCCUGUUGUCACGUUCUUCUUCAGCUCGGAGGAGGACGCGACAGGCAAAGACGGCGCCAUCUCCGUCUCGUAUGUGAUUCCGGCAUGGGCCCUAGGUUAUAUGGCGUCGAACCCGAAGGAGACCCUCCGCUCUGCGGUGUUUGGCGACAGUGAGGUUGAUAUGAGCAUGACGACCCUGCGCGAUGGACUGAACAACCUGAUGCGGAAUGACAAGCAGAACAAGCUCCGUCUACGAGGGUAUCCAAGCGGCACCAAGCCGUCUCCGCAAGAGCAGUCAGAGCAGAGAAAGCCUGUCGUGGUCGUUGCGGAGGAGUGA